CGGAGACAAAUUUCCCUCCGAGUUGGGCCUCUCUCUUUACCUCUUCCUCUCUGCUCGUAGUAUUUUAGAAGCGAUCAUAGUGCGAAAGGUCCAUGUCGUAUUUGUUCUAGCAUAAAACGCUUCAUACCUGCUUGCUUUGCGUACGAUAAUUGAUAAUACUGCUACUUAUUCUAUUUCAUAAUGUCUCAUUAUGAAGAAUUAAAGGUCCAUGGUUAUGAUGAAUUCUGCAAAGCAGUGUCUGAGAGGAAAGGAAAGGACAUAUUCGCAUAUUUCUCUGGUGAUAAAGACGCUCAAGGGAUGAGCUGGUGUCCAGAUUGUGUGAAAGGUAAUAGAGUUAUUGUUUUAUGGCUGUAAUAAUUUGUACCUGACAUGUAUAGAAGUUGGCUUUCUUUCCCAGCUGUCUGUCAUAAUGCGUCAGUCACUGCUGCAUUAUGGUUGGCAAUUCAUGGUAGCCAAGCCAACUAAUCUCUCUGUAAUGUGUUUACUGGGGGUGCUUGUCUUAUGCUCUAUUUUCUGUAUUAUUAUUAUAUAUUAUACUGUACUCAUGUGUAAUUUAUUGUUUGCAUAAAUCAAAGCCACACAGAUUUGCCAGCUUUCUUCUCCUCCUUCUACUCCAGCUGAGCCAGUUGUUAGAGGAGAGAUGUCCCACCUUCCUGAGGGCUCUGUCUUCGUCUACUGUCAGGUUGGAGAGAGGCCAUAGUAUGUACUCAACUUUUUCUUCAUAUUCACUGGUGAUGAUAGCAGAAGGAUAGUGCUGUGCAAUCCACAGACAAUAUAAAAGUAUUAUUCUUACCCUCAAAUGCAGCUAGUAGUUUUGAAAAGCUUAAAUAAAUCGUGCAAGUUGUAACAUCAUGAACUGUCGGCUCUCUCGGACAGCAUAUUUGAAAGGAGCAAAAUACACUGAACAAAAAUAUAAACGCAACAUGUAAAGUGUUGGUCCCAUGUUUCAUGAGCUGAAAUAAAAGAUCCCAGAAAUGUUCCAUGCCCACAAAAAGCUUAUUUCUCUCAAAUUAUAAGCACACAUUUGUAUACAUCUCUGUUGGUGAGCAUUUUAUCCUUUGUCAAGAUAAUCCAUCCACCUGACAGAUCCACCUACCAGGUGUGGCAUAUCAAGAAGCUGAUUAAACAGCAUGAUCAUUACAUGUGCACUUUGUGCUGAGGACAAUAAAAGGCCACUCUAAAAUGUGCAGUUUUGUCACACAACACAAUGCCACAAAUGUCUCAAGUUUUGAGGGAGCGUGCAAUUGGCAUGCUGACUGCAGGAAUGGCCUCCAGAGCUGUUACCAGAUAAUUGAAUGUUAAUUUCUCUACCAUAAGCCGCCUCCAACGUCGUUUUAGAGAAUUUGGCAGUACGUCCAAAUGGCCUCACAAACGCAGACCAGGUGUAUGGCGUCGUGUGGGCAAGCGGUUUGCUGAUGUCAACGUUGUGAACAGAGUGCCCCAUGGUGGCGGUGGGUUUAUAGUAUGGGCAGGCAUAAGUUCAGGACAACGAACACAAUUGCAUUUUAUCAAUGGCAAAUUGAAUGCACAGAGAUACGGUGACCAGAUCCUGAGGCCCAUUGUCGUGCCAUUCAACUGCCGCCAUCACCUCAUGUUUCAGCAUGAUAAUUCACGGCCCCAUGUCGCAAGGAUCUGUACACAAUUCCUGGAAGCUGAAAAUGUCCCAUUUCUUCAAUGGCCUGCAUACUCACCAGACGUGCAGUGGUGGAAAAAGUACCCAAUUGAGUAAAAGUAAAGAUAGCUUAAUAGCAAAUGACUCAAGUAAACGUGAAAGUCACCCAGUAAAAUACUACUUGAGUAAAGGUCUAGAAGUAUUUGGUUUUAAAUAUACAGUUUUGAGAAUGACACAAGUAUUGGUCUUCACAAAGUUCGCUGCUUCAGUGUUAUGAGAUAUUUUUGUCAGAUGUUACUAUGAUAUACUGAAGUAUAAUUACAAGCAUUCCAUAAGUGUCAAAGGCUUUUAUUGACAAUUACAUUAAGUUUAUGCAAAGAGUCAAUAUUUGCAGUGUUGACCCUUCUUUUUCAAGACCUCUGCAAUCUGCUCUGGCAUGCUGUCAAUUAACUUCUGGGCCACAUCCUGACUGAUGGCAGCCCAUUCUUGCAUAAUCAAUGCUUGGAGUUUGUCAGAAUUUGUGGGUUUUUGUUUGUCCACCCGCCUCUUGAGGAUCGACCACAAGUUCUCGAUGGGAUUAAGGUCUGGGGAGUUUCCUGGCCAUGGACCCAAAAUGUCGAUGUUUUGUUCCCCAAGCCACUUAGUUAUCACUUUUGCCUUAUGGCAAGGUGCUCCAUCAUGCUGGAAAAGGCAUUGGUCAUCACCAAACUGUUCUUGGAUGGUUGGGAGAAGUUGCUCUCGAGGAUGUGUUGGUACCAUUCUUUAUUCAUGGCUGUGUUCUUAGGCAAAAUUGUGAGUGAUCCCACUCCCUUGGCUGAGAAGCAACCCCACACAUGAAUGGUCUCAGGAUGCUUUACUGUUGGCAUGACACAGGACUGAUGGUAGCGCUCACCUUGUCUUCUCCGGACAAGGUGUUUUCCAGAUGCCCCAAACAAUCGGAAAGGGGAUUCAUCAGAGAAAAUGACUUUACCCCAGUCCUCAGCAGUCCAAUCCCUUUACCUUUUGCAGAAUAUCAGUCUGUCCCUGAUGUUUUUCCUGGAGAGAAGUGGCUUCUUUGCUGCCCUUCUUGACACCAGGCCAUCCCCCAAAAGUAUUCGCCUCACUGUGCGUGCAGAUGCACUCACACCUGCCUGCUGCCAUUACUGAGCAAGCUCUGCACUGGUGGUGCCCCGAUCCCGCAGCUGAAUCAACUUUAGGAGACGGUCCUGGCGCUUGCUGGACUUUCUUGGGCGCCCUGAUGCCUUCUUCACAACAAUUGAACCUCUCUCCUUGAAGUUCUUGAUGAUCUGAUAAAUGGUUGAUUUAGGUGCAAUCUUACUAGCAGCAAUAUCCUUGCCUGUGAAGCCCUUUUUGUGCAAAGCAAUGAUGACGGCACGUGUUUCCUUGCAGGUAACCAUGGUUAACAGAGGAAGAACAAUGAUUUCAAGCACCACCCUUUUUUUAAAGCUUCCAGUCUGUUAUUCGAACUCAAUCAGCAUGACAGAGUGAUCUCCAGCCUUGUCCUCGUCAACACUCUCACCUGUGUUUAACGAGAGGACCACUGACAUGAUGGCAGCUGGUCCUUUUGUGGCAGUGCUGAAAUGCAGUGGAAAUGUUUUUUUUGGGGAUUAAGUUCAUUUUCAUGGCAAAGAGGGACUUUGCAAUUAAUUGCAAUUCAUCUGAUCACUCUUCGUGACAUUCUGGAGUAUAUGCAAAUUGCCAUCAUCAAAACUGAGGCAGCAGACUUUGUGAAAAUUAGUAUUUGUGUCAUUCUCAAAACUUUUGACAACGACUGUACUUAAGUAUCAAAAGUAAAAUUAUAAAUAGUUUCACAUUCCUUAUAUUAAGCAAACCAGACGGCACAAUUUUAUUUGUUAUUUUAUGUAUGGAUAGUCAGGGGCACACUCCAACACUCAGAUAUCAUUUACAAACUAAGCAUUUGUGUUUAGUGAGUCUGCCAGAAAAGAGGCAGAAGGGAUGACCAGGGAUGCUCUCUUGACGUGUGUGAAUUUGACCUUUCCUGUCCUGUUAAGCAUUCAAAAUUUAACGAGUACUUUUGGGUGUCAGGGAAAAUGUAUGGAGUAAAAAGUACAUUAUUUUCUUUAGGAAUGUAGUUAAGUAAAAGUUGUCAAAAAUAUAAAUAGUAAAGUACAGAUACCCCCCAAAACUACUUAAGUACUUUACACCACUGCAGACAUGUCACCCAUUGAGCAUGUUUGGAAUGCUCUGGAUAGACGUGUACGACAGCGUGUUCCAGUUCCCGCCAAUAUCCAGCAACUUCGCACAGCCUUUGAAGAGGAGUAGGACAACAAUCCACAAGCCACACAUCAACAGCCUGAUCAACUCUAUGCGAAGGAGAUGUGUCGCGCUGCAGGAGGCAAAUUGUGGUCACACCAGAUACUGACUGGUUUUCUGAUCCACGCCCCUACUUAAAAAAAAAGUUAUAUGUGACUAACAGAUGCAUAUCUGUAUUCCCAGUCAUGUGAAAUCCAUAGAUUAGGGCCUAAUGAAUUUAUUGACUGAUUUCCUUUUAUGAACUGUAACUCAGUAAAAUCUUUGAAAUUAUUGCAUGUUGUGUUUAUAUUUUUGUUCAGUGUGUGUGUGUGUGUGUGUGUAUGUAUGUGUGUGUAUAUAUAUAUAUAUAUAUAUAUAUACACAGUGCACAAAAUUAUACAUUUGACCUAAAUGUCUUUGACUUUUGUAUUUGCUUAAUAUACCUUUUCAUCUUCAACCAGUUGGAAGGAUCCCAAUAAUGAAUUCAAGAAGACUCUGAAGCUCAGUGGAGUUCCCACUCUGAUCCGUUAUGGCACGGUGAGCAUAAGUGCAUGGCAAGAUCACAAAGAAGAAGAAUUUCUCUAAUACAUUUUAAAAGUGUUGCUUUUUCUUUGGAUUUUGUGGUAACACUGAAAGGGUCCUAAAAGCGUUUUAUUAUUAUUUUAUAGAUAGUCAAUCUGUAAAAAACAACAACUGUUAACACAUUGGUGAGGUUGUUAUUAACCGUUUAUGAACUAUUUAUAAACUUUUAAUACAUUCUUAAUAAAAUAUACCUUCAAGGAAAGUGUUACCAAAACAUGCUAAGUUCUGUUUCUUUUCCUCCAUCUAAUUCAGCCUCAGAAGCUGGUUGAGGAGGAGUGCUUCAAAGCUGACCUGGUGAGGAUGAUGUUCACUGAGGAUUAGAGGACAACACUCACCCUGCACUUGGUUAUCUUCCAUUUCCCUCUGUCCUGAAAUCCAGUCCCAGCCCAGGCACCUUUUCACUACACUUGAUUGAAUAGAAAUGAUUGUUUCUUUGGAAUUCAAAUACACACUUCUCUCACUGCGAGGCAGUGUUAAUCAGUGAUGUGUUGCUAUUCUUACAAGGAAAUAAUAAGCAACUAUAACAUAACCAGAGGCCUUGGUAGAGCUAGCUGUCUGCUUUUAUAACUUGAUGUUUAAAGUAGUAAAUUAAAUAGAAGAGGUUAUAAUAACAAAGCCCACUUUUGACUAAUAUAUUAGAUUCCCCUAAGUGGUAGGCAGCCUACUCCUAGAAUGUGAUGUGCCAGACGAAUUGUGUCAAAUGAAUUGAAUCUCAUCAAUUGAUGAUUCUUAUUUCUUACUUACGGCAGUAAUCUAUAGAGUGAGGAUAUCAACUGAAGCAUUACCUGUUAUACUGUGAUUGUCGUGUUAUAGUGUAGAAUUUAGUCAAAUUAAGGGAAAUUAUGGCUGGAUGAAAAAAAUAAAAUGUUUAAAAUGCAGUUUGUCUAUAGUGCAGUUCAUUUUGUGAGAAGCUAGG